AUGCCCGAACUUUCACAGCCUCCUCAAAAACCUGCCCGUCCUUCAAGAAACUUUUCUCUCGACUCGUCAAACAAUGGACCAACGUUGAAUCACGGUGUCUUGAAGGUCGUUCCAUCAGUAUCAAUCAAUUUGGAAAAUGUCAAUUCUCCCAAUAACUCACAGAUUAAUAAUAUACGAUUUGAAUCUCAGGAUAGAAGCCAUUCUCCUCUGAGCCCUAGGAGCAACAUCACCAAUAUUCAAGACUAUACUUUCAAUGAUGGAGAAAGUCAAUUGUCACUAUUAUCAAAAGCCGACGAGACUAGAGUACCAAAAUUAACCAUUUAUAAUAAUGAACAGGAUCAAAUUAGUAUUAUGGAAAAUGAAUUAGAUGAACUAAUGAAUGAUGACGACGGAUUAAUGAAUGAUUUCAAAUCUCCACAAGAUCAAAUUGAUAAUCGCCAAAUCAAUAUUUAUGACUUACUAAACAAGAUUAUGGUAUCUAACAUUGGGAUGGAAAACCAAUUGAAUAUGCUUGAGUUAGAUAAACUCAAACCAAAAGCAAUCAAUCAAGAUUCUAAUGACACUAAUGAAAAUGAUUAUGAACAUGAAAAGUUGGAGUUUUUGAGCCAUAAGAAGCAGUUUUUUAUUUUAUCAUCUUCGGGAAAGCCAAUUUAUUCAUUCUUUGGUUCCGACAAGUUGGUGGUUAAUUAUAUGAGUAUAAUUCAAACCCUUAUUUCCUCCUUCAAUGAUCCAGAUUUGAAUCCUGUCAUAGCAUCUCUGCGAAAUGAUAAUUUGAAAUCAUUUAAGGCCGGGCCAACUCUGUUUGUUGUUCUCAACAAAGAUCCAAUUUAUUUGCUUGCUAUAUCCUCACAUAGCUCGGAAUCUGCAAUAGAACUUAAAAAUCAACUAUAUGUUUUAUACAAUUACAUUUUGUCGAUCCUUUCCAAAAAGCAGCUAGUGAAGUUUUACUCGCUCAAACCCAACUUUGAUUUGGCAAAUGUGUUGAAUGCCUCUGAUUAUUCCUUAUUGAACAAAGUGUUGAUUUCCAAAAUAUUGAACCCGGUUUUCUUCUUGAAUGGGAUAGAGUCUUUUUACUUGCACCAUUCCAUGAAACUAAGGAUAAAUGCGAUUAUUGAAAAAUUCAAGAGUACUACCAAGCCUAAUGAAAUGCUAUACGGAAUUUUAUCUGAUUUGAACGGAAAAGUCAUAACAAUAAUGAAGCCAAGAAAGCAUUUUUUGCAUACUCUGGACUUGCAAAUUUUAUUUUCAAUUAUUUUCAGUAAAUCCAACAAAUCGGUUGAAAAAGGAAAGAAGAUUGUUAUUAAUAAAAAAAUUGCUAAAGAAACUUCGAACAAUAGCGUUGAUUUCGCAAACUUUGAGGAUCUAGAAGUCGAUUUUUCUAAUGAAGAAGAAUUGUGGUUUCCUAUCUGUUUGCCGGAAUUCAAUUCCAAUGGGUUCUUGUAUUGCUUUGUGAACUACAUUGAUAUCAAUAAUAUCGAAAUUGUUUCAAAAAACGAUGAAAAGGUGAAUACUCCACCUGCCAAUUCUAAUGAUCCGAACAAAUUGGUAUUUAUUGUAUUGUCACCGGAUAAAAAUGCAUUUUUCAACAUCCGUCAGGUCUCCAAAAAAAUAAUCCUUGAAAUAAUGCUCUCAUCGAAUUCGCAAAUCUGGAACCGAUUAAUAAAGGCUUUCAAGUUCAACUAUUGUCUCAAUUAUUUGAAUUUUUUGGAUGAAUUUAACAAAAAACAUCCAAAUAUGAAUAUCACCGGAUCAACCCCACGUAGUUUGGCAAACAAUUUCUUCCAUUUCAUAUUCAAAUCCAAAAAAAAUUCCCAAAUUUUCAUCCCUAGCUUCAAUUCUCUUAAUGUUUCUUCCAUCAAUACAGUAUCAUUUGAACAAUUGAUGUUCUUAUAUAAAGAAUUAUCCAAUAAUUUGAACCAAUCACAACUUUCACCAACAACAUUCACUCCUUUUGCAAGUACUAGCACGUCAAAUACCAUGAAACCUCAACACAAUGAUAGUAGUAAUAAUAACAACAACUCAAACACAAAUUUUUCGGCAUUCAAUGGAAUAACAAACCCUUUUACAGGAAUGUUUGGUGGCAGUGAAGCAACCACUGAAGCGCCAUCAAGGGUAACCAAUAAUAAGCAAUCAAAUCCAAGCGAUCGAAAGAAGUCACGGGAGAAGCCAAUGCUAUCAGAGGACUCCAAUAGUGGUAUCCCCCAUGGGUACUCCCCAAUCGGGGGAAAGUCUAGCUUGAUAUACUCCAAAUGGAAUAUCAAUGGUAUUAACCUCAUAGGGAUCGCUUAUUCCAACAGUAAUUAUGAACUAUUUGUGAUCGUGAAAGAGACUCGAUUGUUUCGACAGACCACCUCAAAGAAAAAUCAUCUAGUGGAGAACUUGAAAGUGAUUAUUAAUUGGAUCUUUAAGAAUUUCAAUCGGUUGUUCAUAACUGGAUUAACAUUUUGA